GCGAGGGGCCGAGGCGGCGCGCAGAGGGAUCGAGGCGGGCAGCUGUAGUGUUGGAACCUCUAAGGCGGUGGCUCAUGCUUGUUGUUUUGUCUGGCUUGAAGUGUUUGGAGGGAGUGUGAGUGUGGCGGAGUGUGUGUGUGUGGUGGAGUGUGGUGUAAACAUGGCGUCGGUCAGGUCGCUCACGGACGAGGAGCUUCGGGACAAGCUGAAGGAACACGGCAUCCUUAGUCCUGUCACGGCGUCCACGCGCAGUAUUCUGAUCAAGAAGCUGAACCACGCCAUGGCGGGCGCCAAGAGGGCGGCACACCAGCAGGCCAGGGCGCGGCGCAGCGUGACGAGUGUGACGAGUGUGACGGGCGGCGGCAGGCUACACACCUUCAGCUCUGACGAGGACGAGGACGAGACCGAGGACCACCUGCGCUCCUCCUCCAGCAGAGCCACCAGGUCGUUCCGGGCCUCCAGGGUGUCCAGGGAGAGCGGCGCCAGCCAGGUCAGGCAUUAUGACAGGCGGAAUGGCACUAGCGGCACCGCCAGGGGCGCCAGGGCGUCACGGGGCAGCGGGGGGCGCGGCGAGAGUGUGGCGGCGGCGGGACAGCCUGGGGGUGGUGGCAACACAACCACCUCCACCACCACCACCGCCACGGAUCGCUACCGCCUGUACUUCCCGUCCGUAUCCGGCAGGUCAGGGCUCGGCCUGCAGGUCAGGUCAUCCGAGGACUACGACACAGGGUCAGACUCCGACCCGGCUGACCUGGCCGAGGACUCUGUGGACCGUGGGGGUGGGGGUGGGGACGGGGGAGGGGGGCGGAUGUUGUGGGCAGGGAGCGCAGAGCCCCCCCAGCAGCAAGAGUCUAGCCCCGCCAGGCUACAGAAUCACAUGUCGUCAGGCUGGACCAGGGCAGCCCGGCCCAAGGCUCACCUGGAGAAUGGGCGGGAGUGGGCAGAGGGUGAGGCCAUGGGCAGCCCCAGCCUGGCGGAGUGUGUGGUGAGCCAGGCUGAGCCCAGCCGGGUGGCCAAUGGGCGGCACCACAGCGAAGGCGGGGCGGAGUGCCAGGCUGCUGAGGAGAGCACGUGGCACUACAAGGUGCCGCUCCUGCUGCUGGUGCUGCUGGCGGUGUUCUUUGGGGUGGUGGCAAUGCUGUACGUCAACAUGCGCAUGCCGCUGCUGCCCACCCUGCGUUCCGUGCCUGCCCUGGUGAGCCGCGCCCUGGCCAGCCUCAGCCUCCCCGUGCCUUUUUUCACCCCUCGCACCGCCCAGUGGACGCCCCCCAACGCCUUGCCCCAGCCCGCCCUGCCGCCGGCCGCCCCACCACUGCCACACCACCACACAUCAUCACAACACACAGAAAAUAAAUUUCCAGUAUGCAGCAACACAUUAAAGAACAACUGCCUCACAGUACAAGCGAUGGCCCAGGUACAGCCCGUGUUGGGUCAGCUGGAGGAGGUGGUUCUGCCGGCCCUCCACCACCAGGCCGGAUUGUACCAGUGUGGGAAUGCCGCCACACGCCACCUCUCUGUUGCCGCACUGCAGGAUCUCCUCCACCACCACAUCUCCGUUUCCUUGAGAUCAUCAGGUGUGGGUGCGGACGUGGUGGAGUCGCUGGGCCGCCUGGUGGAGUGGAACCCACACUGGGGCCUGGAGGCGGUGCGAGGAGAGGCGGACGGAGUGCUGCUGGGCCUGGCCUUGUCUGCGCAGCCCACUCAUAUCUUGUGUCACAUCACUACUGCCAUUUACUCCUUCUUCUACCUCAUUAUGGGAUUGGUAACAGUCAUCCUCACUGCCUGGCUUGCAUUCUCCUGUGUCAGAUACUACAGAUGGAAAGCAGAGGAGGAGAAACAGCAGGUGUACGAGUUGGUGGAGCAGAUCCUGGAGGUGUUGGGGGGCCUUGGGGGAGCGUCGGGGAAGGACUUUGUAGCGGUGAACCAUGUGCGUGACUCCCUCAUCAGCCCCAGAGACCGCCGCACCAAGCAGGUGGUGUGGGACCGUGCUGUGCACUUCAUCAACUGUAAUGAAUCCAGGGUGCGACGAGAGAUCCAGGCAGUGGGCGGCGAGGACUGCGAGGUGUGGCGGUGGGCAUCAGGGCUGCCACACCACUCACACCACUCCCCGGGGGUGGACGGGGGGGACGGGGUGGGCCGGCCGCCCCCAAAAGUGUGGCAGGGACCCGCCUUCAACACCCAGAGCCCUCACAAUGUCCCCAAUGUGUCCCCAACAUCCUGCCUCAAGAUUAGAAAUAUGUUUGACUGUGAUGUGGAGUUUGGGGACAGCUGGCCGGCCCGAAUCCAGGACAGCAUCUUGGAGAAGUGUGAGGGCAUCAGCAUUGUGCACGUAGCAGUGGACCGAGGGUCACGCGAGGGCUGCGUCUACCUGAAGUGUGCAUCCCUCGGCGACUCCGGCCGUGCAUUCAGGGCGCUGCACGGCUGGUGGUAUGACGGCAACUUGGUGACAGUCAAGUUUCUCCGAGACGAGCGCUAUUACCAAAGGUUCCCGUCGGCAAGACAUGCCACGCGCCGCCUCCGACCGUCCAACAACAAACGUUUGUCAUUGCAAGUCCCCGCAGGUCAGCCAGAGCCACCCAGCCACACCUAAUGAACACACACACACACACACUCACACACACACACACACACACACACACACACACACACACACACACACACACACACACACACACACACACACGAGUGAAGGGACAGGCUGGCUGGUGGUGGUGUAAAGGGCAAAUUUUUACUUACCACAAUUAUUAUUAUUAUUUUUUUUAAGUAUAUAUAUAGAGUAUUUUGUUUCUACUUCUUCCUCCCUUUCCUUCUCUCCUUCCCUGUCCCCCUUCUUGCUGUAUCCCCCUCCCAUCACCUUCCCUUUCCCUUCAACCUUCCCCUGUCCGCAGCUGCCCGUCGCCGCCAGACGUCUGGUGGUGAGGGGCAGUGCCGCUACAUUCAGGAGUGCCAGACUGUGCCAGCGUCCACACUGCCUUGCCUUCCGUUUCGUUCCGUUCCGUUCUGCCGUGUUCUGACCGACGGAAGCAAGACUUUGGACUGUAGGCUUUUAUUAUUAUUAUUAUUAUUAUUAUUAUUAUUAUUAUUAUUAUUAUUAUUAUUAUUAUUAUUAUUAUCAUUAUCAUUAUUAUCAUUAUUUUUCCAUAUAUUAUACAAAUCUAUAUAUUUUUGUGUGCUGUUGUCACUGCUCGUCCAUUUUUUGUCAGGUGGAGGAGGAGAAGCAGGGUGUGGGUGAGGCUGUGCUGGUGAUGAGACCAGGACUGGUGAUGACAGGAUGUGUGGGGCCACUGGGAACAUGGAAACAGCGAUGGACUCACCACCACCAUCACCAACACCACUUUUAUCACUCACACACACACACACACACAACUCUAUUAAAAACUAAAAUUCCACUUCUCAUCUUUCUCUCUUCCUUGAUCUUUUCAUUUCCUAACUUAGGUGGUGUGUGUGUGUGUGUGUGUUGUGGUUGAUAAUGUGUGUGCAGUGUGGUGAUGGUGGUGGGGGAAGAGAGGUAGAAGAAGAGGAGGAGGAGGAGGAAGAGAAAGAGAUUAAAUCCUUGGAUAAUUGGAAAGAGACUGCAGUGUAUAAUUACUUUGUAAAUAUUUGUAUGAUUUUAUUAUUAUUAUUAUUAUUAUUAUUAAUAUUAUUAAUAUUAUUAUUAUUAUUAUUAUUAUCAUUAUCAUCAUCAUUAUUAUUGUUGUUGUUGUUGUUGAUGUUGUUGUUCUCAUCUGCAAGGACACUGCCAAGAGUAUUCCAAAUAUUAUAGCCAUUAUAGUGAGAGAGAGAGAGAGAGAGAGAGAGAGAGAAUAUUUUGGGUGUGAAUUUUGCCACACCCGCGUUUAUUAGUCAGACGGGAAGAGGUGAUAAUGUGGCUUACUUUCUACCCCCCAACCCCCUCUGAGGCCAUAGAAGCAGUGGCAUGUUCCUAAUGAUAAGGUUUUCUUGUGGAUUUUGUACCAAGUUUCCUGUGAGUCAUUAGGGAGACAUCUGGUAGAGAGAGGAAAGGUUUAUUUGUACUGCAGCAGCAUUUUAUUUUAGCGUUUGGUCAAAAGAGGUUGUUUGCUCUGAGUUCUGAUGGUUGUUGAGACUUUCUAAGGAACAGAAUUGUUGUCUUCUCUUUCUUUUGUUUUUUUUUUUUUACUUGCUGCUGCUGCUGCCGGUGGUGACUGGUUAGUGUUUGGGGAUGUCUGUCCAUUCCAUUCCUCAGUGUCCCUCUAAUACAUCCUCUACUGGUCUUGGAAAGUACCUGCUUCAGAGCCACUCACUCUCCACUUUUCUGUUCUAUUACACUCACUGUGGUAGCCAUACACACACACACACACACACUAAAGACACAUGAGAUUAACUCUUUCCUGUGAAAAUACAAAUAAAUACUUAAACACACAUACACACACCUCUUUCCCACAAUAAUAUCACUGAUCUGAGUCAUUUUCUUUCCCUUUCUUUCUUCUUGUCUCCCCAAGUCCAAUAAUUUCCCCCCUCCCCCAUGUCUUACCAUAUAGUUUUGUUUCAUAUUUUGAUCACAAUACCCAACCAGCCACUCACUGCUACCCAAUACUAGUAAUAACCAUUUAACUAAGCACCAGGAACCCCAUGAUGUACAAAAAAGGUCCCGACAAGGAGGAUUAGCAAGUCGUUUGGUUCGGCAGAGGAGUUAUCGGCCCGUCAGAAGUGUCUCUGCUGCUUUACUGUGAUGCCAGGUUAGAGAGAGAGAGAGAGAGAGAGAGCGAGAGAACGAGGUUAUUGAUUCCCGGCAGCAGAGUAGCAGAGUUGUACCAAGUGCCCAGGCCAGGCUGUGUGUGUGUGCGUGCUUACAAGACGGCAUGCAGGCACCUGGCUUGUUGCGAGUCAUAGGGCAGCCUUGUGGUGGAGCAAUGUAUGUAUGUAUGUAUGUAUGUACUUAUUUCAACAUUGAUUUUCCAUUGUUGUCAUCAUAACCUCGGCAUCCAUCACUGUCGUCUGCCACCGUCAUCGCCUCACAGAGUCAGUCGCCGCGUUGUCAUCAAAAAAAGAUUCAUCACCAUUAUCGUCGUUCUCACAAAAAAGAGUGAGGGUGCUAGUGUGGAGGGGGGUGCAUGCAGGAAGGCAAGCACCCGCCACACACCCAUAGUCUUGACUCGCUCUGUUUCUUAUCAUCGUACCAUCACCAUCAUUAUCAACAUCACCAUUGUCAUCAUCAUUAAAAUCAUGAGUGCUUGUGAGAGGUGUGGUUGAGUUAUGUGGUGGUGGUGGUGGUGUUGAGUGGAGCAGUCAGUAUUGUAGGAAACUUACCUGACUGGAUGUUGGCAGGCAGGGUUGGCCUCCACCAUGGGAUUAAUUAUUGUAUACCGAAGAUAAGUAAGUGGCUGCAACCUUGACAGCCUUGUAUGUGUGUGCAAGUGUGAGAGUGAACGAGUGUGUGUGUUUCAUGAAGCAUCAGAGUGGUCAUGUCACUAUUCCAGAGAUAUUUUUUAUCCUUGAUGUCUUAGAGAAGAGCCAUAUACAGUAUACACUUUGUUUAGUCAUUGUUGGUGCAAAUUGCGAGCCAAAUGGCGUGUGUGGCUGGCCAGGACGCAGCCCAGAUCUCGGUGGUUGAGGGAGGCACUGGUGGGCUGUACUCUUUAAGUCUUUACUUGUAAGAAACUAAAAUGUUAUGUUGAAUGAGGACUUCCAUUGUAGGACUUGUUUCAUGCCAUUUAAUUCAUCACUAGUGUUGAGUUAUGCACAACUUGCAGGCAAAAGUUGUGUCAUGAUGGACCUUGUUUGAGGUGCAGCAGGUUUUCAGGGCCAGACUUACAAACAACACACACCAGGAUCUUUGAGAUAAUCUUACGUUUGAUCUCUUAAAGCCUUAUGUAAGUUAAUAGGUAAUAAAUAAUUUUGUUGCUUUCUUUAAUGGGGAUUUAGAAGCCUUCCUCUGAGAGACUAUCUAGAUCACUUCAAGGAUUCAAAUGCCAGGUAAUGCCUCAGUGUUGUGUGAUGGAUGAUUGAGUUCACCUGUGUCUGUGACGGCCACAGAACGCCAUUAGCGUGUGCCAUUGUGUGAUGCCGGCCGUGAGCAAAGAGUGUUGUGGUGUGUGAGGUGCAGUGGACGGACUGUGGUCACCUUGGUUCUGUGGUACAGGAGGUGGACAGGGACAGGCCAGCAGGGAAUGGUUUGCAUCGGCUCUUGAUACAUUACGGGUACUGGGGCAAAAUGUUGACCCACAGGCAUACAAAAAUCAAAUGCAAGGAGCACAGACAGACCCAGGUGUAGUUGUAAUGUCACAGGGGUGUCAGUUGUGUGCCUAUACCUGUCAUUGUCCAGGAGGUGCAGGUGUGUAGCAGUGUUGUGUGAUAACAAGGGUGGUAAUUACACCAGUCUUCCCGAGAUGGUUGUAAUCACUCCGCCGUCGUCCUCGCCUGCCGUCUGACGUGUGCCGAAAGUCACGUGACGCUUGUCGGCGGCUCUCGGCUCCAACGUGGCGUCCAUGGUGUUGUGUGCCAUGCCGAGAUGCAGGUUAGCCAGCACUGGUGAUCCUUCCUUCAACUGUGUUGUGAUCAUCUUGUCGGUGAGGUUCACAUGAGAAGCAAGCCAGGAAGAAGAGCAACAUUAUACUGUCAUAUAUGAAUAAUGAAAAUCUUAUAUAUAUGGAUACACCUGCAUGGUCCUGGCUGGCUUUGGUGAACACAUUUGACGGGUGGUGAAGGAGCUUUCAGUGCUGUGGGUUAGCCUGGUGUGAGUGGUGACUGUCCUUGGAGCAUUGACAGAGGCUAGGAGAGAGAGAGAGAGAGAAAAGGAUUGGGAAGCAUCUCCAUUUUUUUCAGUUUUUACUAGUGUGUGUUGUGGUCAGUUAAUGUGACUGAUGUGCACCGAAGAGACUGGCUGACCCUGCCACAGUGUUGAUGCCUUGGCUGACGAGUGAGAGAGAUUACCAGAGUAACGUGUGUCAUGGGAACACUUAUGGGCCUCCGGGAAUAAUAUCACGGCCAGGGAUGGCGCAGCUGUUUUUUUCAUUUUAUUGCUAAACCACAUCAUGUUUUGUGCGGGAAUGAUCCUCCCCACCUCCUGCUACGUCUGCAAUAGAGUAUUGUUUUGUUAACCCUCCACACCACAGGUCUACCGGCUGCCGUCCCUCCCUGCCAUGCUCUUAUUUCUGGAGUGGUUGCAUAAUUUCCUCUGAUCUCAGGAGGAAGAUGAAAAGAACCCAAACUUUUCAUAUCUUAGAAUUUUAGGGACAAAUGAUAUUCAGAGAACUUAAUACUAUUUUGCUUGGCCAGAAGUGACUGCUUAUGUGUUCAUAUAUGUUGUACUGGGAGAGAGAAGGACCUUAGCACGUGUAACUAUAAGGUCUGGAUUCACUUGUCACAAGACUAGCCUUCCGUAGCUCUCCACAAUAUCUGUGCUUUCAAUAAACAAAUUUUAUGUUCAUGAGAAUA